UGCCCUUUUCUUCUUCUUCUUCUUGGUUUCCAUUUUUGCAACAGAUUCAGAGCAAUUGGGCGACUGCAAAGAGCACCUCUUCCGAUGGCUGAAACCGAGAAGCCAAAAACGAAGGCGCGACCGAUUGUGCGCCUGGGAAUUUUCCUAAUUUCUCACAGUAUUUUCUUCAGCGUGAUUUGCUUCUCUGCAGGGGUUUUAGCUCUUCUGUUACUACCAAUGUUUGCUAUGAACACCUACAUUUCCGAGAACGCUCUCAUGCCAGGUUCUGCAAAUACCAUGCUCUCGGGUCAGGAAGUCUCAGAGGCGAACGACUUGGUGAAGGAUCUGAAGGGUUUGAAUUCGAAGUCUGGCUCAACGAUCUUUGGAAGCCAGCAGAUUUUAGCACAAUAUAUAUCAAACUUGGGUGCAGAAGUUAAUUACCACAGGUUCCAACCGCAAUCUAGUCAGUUCCAUCCAUUGCACUUUUUUUCUAGCCCUGAUUCUGGGAUCGUUCAGGACAAUGUUAGUUGCAUGACACAGGGUAUUAACACUGUUGGGAUAAUAAGAGCACCACAAGCAGAUGGAAAGGAAGCCAUCGUUUUGGUGACACCUUACAAUCCUGUUAAGACUAGUCUUCAUGAGACUUUGUCUCUUGGUAUUGCUUAUUCAAUAUUUUCUUUGCUUACACAAGUCAGUUGGUUGGCCAAGGACAUUGUAUGGCUUGCUGCGGAUUCACGAUAUGGGGAAUAUGCAGCAGUUUCAGCUUGGCUUAGAGAUUAUCACACUCCUUCUUUUGGUCGAUCCAACAUGAUUGACACAUAUACUUGUGCUGAAACAAAUGUCCUUUAUGAAUUUGAAGCAAACCAUGUAACAGAGAAAGAGAGUCUAGAUGAUUUUAAACGUGCUGGAACGAUGGCUGCAGCACUUGUCAUUAAGGUUUCAAAUAGAAGUGAACACUUUGAGGAUAGUCUUAGUGUCUAUGCUGAAGCGUCUAAUGGUCAGAUGCCGAACCUCGACCUCAUCAAUAUUGUGAAUUAUCUAGCAGAACACAGACAAGGUUUUCGGAUUAAGAUCGAGAAAUUUUGGCCUUUACUUGAUUGCAAAUGGCUCAAGUUUUUGGGCGAAUUUUUUGAGUCAAUAGGAAAGUUUAUCCGAAGCUUGAACCCUGAAUGGAAGUUUGGCAUGCUAGCUUCUGACUAUGUCGAUGGCACCGCUACACUUGCAAGUUCAUUGUACUACCAGGCUGUGGGUAUUCCUACUGGUUCUCAUGGAGCUUUUCGAGAUUACCAAAUUGAUGCAAUUACUGUGGAGAUGUCCCCCAAAUUUUCUUCUGGUGUCAAGGUCAGGCGUGAUGAAUUCAUACUGCGAGGUGGCCGGCUAAUUGAAGGAGUUGUACGGUCAGUGAAUAACCUCUUGGAGAAGUUUCAUCAAUCAUUCUUUCUAUACCUUAUGGUAUCUACCAGCAAAUUUGUAUCAGUUGGUGUAUAUAUGAUUGCCUUUGCUCUCCUAGUUGCUCCACUACCAGCAGUUGCGGCCUCUCUCUAUUCUUAUGCUAAUAACUCGAAUCUAACCUUGGAAAAAAUCGAACCUGCAGCUCCAGCAAAUUCUGAUGAUGAGCUUAUUGUCUCUUUAAGAUCAUGGAAAUGGCUUAAUGCUGCAAAAAGAGUUUUUGUUGUUCAUCUAUGGGGUGCUGUUGUUUCAUUGCUUCCAUACUUCAUCUCCCAAAUACCUGGUUACAGUCCCACAACAAACUCUAUUAUUUGGGCGUUACUUUCACUGCUCACGCUACUAAUUUUGUCGGUGAUAUUGGGCUCUCCACUUAGUUCAACUAAAUCUUAUGAACAGCGGAUUCAAGAGUGGGCGUUCUUGAAAGCAAUGACCACCUCAGCGGCCUUUAUCGGUUUGUGCCUCAUGUCAGUAAUUAACUUUGCUACUGCAGAACUUGGAGCCUUCUUGGUGGUGUCCAUGUGCUUGCUGGCGCAUCCCCUGAAGCUUGAUUUAGUGGCUGGGAACUUCAAAGCUCUCUCAAGGGCAGCCAGUAACCUCGUUUUGGGAUUCAUAGCUUUUCCGCCUGUUACUUUCUUCUUGUUUAAAGCUGCUUUGCAAGGUUUUGACAAUUUACAUCUCGGGGACUUCUGGAACUGGAUGGAGACCCUCUGGGCAUGGAACAGUGCUACUUUCCUCUACUUAGGUAUGGUUCACCUUCCUUGCUGGGUAUUAUGUACACAAAUUUUACUUCAUCCAUGUUGAGCUACCUUGUUUAGUUUUUUCCAUGACAUUUGUUUAGACUUUCACUUAGUCCUGAGAAAUUGGUUUCGAUGGUAUUUGAAGUAGUUACACGUUCAUCCCUUGCAUGGUAGCUUCUGUAAGCAGGCCUUAAAGCCUACUACUUUGUGUCACAGUUGUUUAUACUUGUAGGACUGAUACAGUAAGCUUUUACGCUCUUGGAAAUUGUUUUUGGCUAUUUCUCUUUUCGAACUAAUUGGACAAUCACCUUCUCUAUA